AUGCGCGUGGGCUACAAAACUCUACUUUUCGCAGUUGCGGUCUUGGUAAACGCUGAUGCGUCGUUGGGACAUAAUGGCGCCGCAAUCAACCCCAAGUUCCAGGAGAAAUCCAUCGACGACGUCUUCAUCAUCCGAAUGCAGCUACCCAAGACAGGUGAUAAGCUGUUCGAUAACCCGCAGUUCAUCGCUUGGCUUAAUUACGCGGACGAUUUAACUUCAAAGACCGGAAAAGAGACUUCAGCCAUCGCGACGCUGACGCUCACUACGCUGCAGCUCUUCAACAAGGAGAAACCUGCACAAAAGACGACAUUGUACGCAACGCUAACAGCCCACCACAGCGACGACGCUCUGGCUCGGAUGAUUCUUGCGGCCAAGAACACGGGAAGCAAAUCGGAAAUCCUUAAGAGAGUCGAGGCGACGCAGCUCCAGACGUGGCUCGGUAAAACCCCAGACGAUGUAUUCAAGCUGCUGAAACUGGACGACUCAUUGGACGAUGUAUUGACCAGCCCCCUCCUUAACACUUAUACCAACUAUCUGAAGAUCUUCAACAAGGAAAACCCUUCAAAGGAAGCAACGCUGAUCGCGGUGCUAACGAGCCACUUCGGCGAUGAAGCUGUAGCCAAGAUGCAUGAUGCAGCGAAGAAGGCGGAGGCGACCAAGAGUACCGCCACAAAUCUGGAGACCGCCCAGAUCCAGCAUUGGUUGAGCAGCAGCAGGAAACUUCCGGAUAGCGUCUUCAAGCUGCUGAACCUUGACAAGACCGGGGACAAGUUUCUCACUAGCCCGCUGUACACGACGUUCACCAAGUUUACGGACGCAUACCACGCCAAGAAUUUGGCCUCAAAAAUGACAACGGGCUGGAUCGUACGCGCUCACUAUAAGGACUUCGACGGGCUGAGCAUCCGGCUGCGCGACACGCUGCGGCUCUUGUUGCUGUUCUACGCGUCUUUCGCGACGACGCUGGCUGCCUGUGCUCUUCAAGGACUGGAUGGCUGCCCCAACGCGCCCGAUCAUGCUUUCGACAUGCUAAAGCUCAAGCGGGUGUGGACAGUAAGGCUGUUCAAGGACCCCAUGUUCCUCUACUGGAUGAAGUUCAUGGACGACUUCAACAAAGGAGCGGUUCAAGGCGCGAAGAAGAACCCGAGCACCAAGGAAUUGGCUACCAAGUUAGAGACUGAGAUGCUCAAGCAGUUCAUCUUCGCUGAGAAGCAGCCGAUCGUCGUGGCCAAGUUGAGGAAUGUGAAGGAGAAGACCGACGCGAACUGGAAGCUCUGGAAGUUGUACCUGAAGGACUUCAAGUUGAAGUCUUCAACAACGCUCAAGACCAACACUCUCGAAUCAAUGCUCGCGCUGUCCCGCGCCACCCUGCGCCCGACGCCGCGCUCGCUGCAGCUCGCGCGCCGCGGCCUGGCGUCCAUGGGCCAGUCGCAGCCGUGGAUCAACCCGGAGAACGUGCCGCAGGGCGAGAGCCUCAAGAAGUUCGGCCGCGACCUGACGGAGAUCGCCAAGGCCGGCGCCCUGGACCCCGUGAUCGGGCGCGAGGACGCCAUCCGCCGCGCCACGCAGAUCCUGUCGCGCCGCACCAAGAACAACCCGAUCCUGAUCGGCGAGCCGGGCGUGGGCAAGACGGCGGUGGCUGAGGGCCUGGCGCAGCGCAUCGCGCUCGGCGAGGUGCCCGACAGCCUGAAAGACAAGAAGGUGGUGGCGCUGGACCUGGCGGCGCUCGUGGCCGGCGCCAAGUUCCGCGGCGAGUUCGAGGAGCGGCUCAAGGCCGUGCUCAAGGACGUGGACGACAGCCAGGGCAAGGUCAUUCUCUUUAUCGACGAGCUGCACACGCUCGUGGGCGCCGGAGGCAACGAAGGCUCCACGGACGCGGCCAAUAUGUUGAAGCCGGCGCUGGCCCGCGGCGCGCUGCACUGCAUGGGCGCCACGACGCUGGACGAGUACAGGAAGUACAUUGAGAGGGACGCGGCGCUGGCCAGACGCUUCCAGCCCGUGAUCAUCUCGGAGCCGAGUGUGGAAGACACGGUGACGAUUCUGAGAGGGCUGAAGGAGAAGUACGAGGUGCACCACGGCGUCAGGAUCGCUGACAGCGCGCUCGUGGCGGCCGCCACGCUGGCCAACAGGUACCUGACGGAGCGCAAGAUGCCGGACAAAGCCAUUGACCUAAUGGAUGAGGCCGCGUCGCGUCUGAGGCUGCAGCAGGAGAGCAAACCUGAACCUAUUGAAAAGCUGGACAGGGAGAUCAUCCUGCGACGCAUUGAGAUUGAAGCGCUACGCAAGGAAACGGACGCGGCGUCCAAGAAGCGCAUGGCUGCAUUGGAGGAGGAAGUGAAGAAGGCGUCCGAGGAGCUGCGGGCGUUGAUGGACGAGUGGAACGCGGAGAAGCACAAGCUUGAGGAGAUGCAGCAAGCCAAGCGCAAGUUGGAGGAGGCGCGCCGAGAUUUGGUGGCGGCACAGAACACUGGCAACUACGCGAAGGCUGGAGAAUUGAUGCACUCGGUUAUCCCGAAGCUGGAGGCUGAGGUGGCGCAUGAAGAGCAGGAGGAGGAGGAGUUGAAAAAGUCGACGAAGAAGAGCAGAACGUCGCUGGGAGAUGCGGUGACGUCUGACCACGUCGCUGAGGUUGUGGCGCAGACCACUGGCAUCCCGGCCUCGACUCUGAUGGAAGGUGAGAAACAGCGACUGCUUAAGAUGGAGGACCACCUCAACCUGCAUGUGAUCGGUCAGGAAGAGGCGGUGAAGGCUGUAAGCAACUGCGUGCGUCUUGCGCGUGCAGGACUUCACGCGCACAACCGCCCGCUGGGUGUGUUUAUGUUCUUGGGUCCUACUGGUGUCGGUAAGACGGAGUUGACCAAGUCGUUGUCGGAGUUCCUGUUCCAGACCCCACAAGCCCUUACCCGCAUUGACAUGUCCGAGUACAUGGAGAAAUACAACGUCAGUCGUCUGAUCGGCGCCGCCCCGGGCUACAUUGGCUACGAGGAAGGAGGACAGCUUACAGAAGCUGUACGCCGCCGCCCCUACCAGGUCGUUCUCUUCGACGAGUUUGAGAAGGCGCAUCGCGACGUGAGCAACAUUUUGCUGCAGGUGCUGGAUGAAGGCCGUCUGACCGACUCACAAGGUCGCGUGGUGGACUUCCGCAACACGGUGAUCAUUCUGACAAGCAACCUGGGCUCCGAUAUCCUGGCUGGACUACCCGAAGGCUCGCCGAGUUCCGUGGCGGAGGGCGAAGUGUUGAACGUCGUGCGCUCUCACUACGCGCCUGAGUUCCUCAACCGUAUUGACGAGCUUGUGCUGUUCAACCGCCUGAAGAGAGAGGAUAUCCGCUCGAUCGUGGACCUGCAGCUGCGCCAGGUAGACGAGCUGCUGGAGGAGAAGGAAUUGACGAUGAAGGUGGAGCCUGAGGCGGAGGACUGGCUGGCGGACGCUGGAUAUAGCCCACUCUACGGAGCGCGUCCGCUGAAGCGUCUCAUUCAGCAACAGGUGCUGAACCCCAUGGCUGUCAAGCUGCUUGAUGGUUCCGUUGCUGCCGGCCAGUCCAUUGUCGUGAAGGCGAACCCGGCAUACGACGAGGAACUCGUGAAGAACGCAAAGACUGCCAAGCCUUUGCUGAUUUCGGUUGAGUGAGCUGAUACUGCGAUCUCUUUCGUGUAGAGUACUCAUGGCCAGUAGCAGCCAGUAAAUAAAAGUAAAUGCAAUUUGGCGCAUAC